AUGGGAACAACUCCGCUCACCGGAGCAGUCUGGUUUAUUACCGGCUGCAGCAGUGGCCUCGGCCUGUCGUUGGCACGGUACGCUCUCUCCCAAGGGCAAAGAGUAAUAGCAACGUCACGCAACCCAUCCAGGACGCCCGAAUUGCUUGCUGAGAUUGAAGGUCAAGGCGGGAAAUGGCUGGCACUUGAUGUCACUCAAUCUGAAGAAGAGCUCAACGCAACGAUACACGGCGCCGAGUCAAUCUUCGGUCAGAUCGAUGUCUUGGUCAACAACGCUGGGUAUUGCGUUCUUGGAGCGCUGGAGGACACCCCGGAUGAGGAGGCUGUGGCACAAAUGCGCACCAACUUCCUAGGCCCUUUGCGGUUGAUGAAGGCGGUGCUCCCCGGGAUGCGAGAACGUCGGUCAGGUGUUAUACUCAAUGUAUCCAGUACACAAGGUCUGUGUCCAAGUCCGGGCUGUGGGAUUUAUGCUGCAAGCAAGGCAGCACUGGAAGCAGCUUCACAAGCCUGUAGUCCCGAAGUCGCACAAUUCGGAAUCAGGAUUCUCAUUGCGGAGCCAGGAGCCUUCAGAACAGGCUUUGGGCAUGCGAACGCGGCGAAGUACAUGAUCCCUUCGCAGGAUUAUUCAUCCCCUCAUCCUGUUGGUCAAAGACUCGACCACAUACAGAGACUCCCAGGGCUGGCACCCGGCGACCCAGACAAAGCUGCUCGGAUCAUGUUCGAAGCUGCCACCGGGGAGGGAGAUGCCGGAUCCCUGAUCAAAGAGAACGGAAUCCUGCGCGUUAUCAUCGGACCGGACUGUUGGAAGAGAGUGGACGAGCAGGUGAAUGAAUUGAGGAGGACGGCAGAUCUGCUCAAGACUGUUGCUGCCAGCACCAACUUCUGA